AUGUAUCCAAAGCAAGGCCGAUUCCACCUCGAAUACAAGAGACGCUCUCUAAGUCGAAUCGUCUCUAGCCUUGUGCCUUCGGCCGCCACGCCGACAGAUACUGUAAAGAAGGAACAGCUCAUCAAUCAAAUCAGCGAUGAGGAUGUGAUGCCAUCAGCUACGGAUUAUCGGUCAUCUCAGAGCUCCGAGGACUGCGUCUAG